AUGAGUGCGGAAUUGGCCGCACCAGAGCUCCACGAGGGCGACUGGAUAGACGUAGUGGAUGGUGACGGGAUAUGGAACGUGGCGCAGGUGUUGCGGCUGCCGACGCCCGAGACCGUCGAGGUGACGUACGACUGUUGGGGCGACGAGUACAACGAGGAGCUGAGGCGCGACAGUGAGCGUAUCGCCCCCUUCCACACGCACACAUGGGCCGUCAAGUGCUGGGCCAAGCUCGAUACGUGGCCCUGGUGGCCAGCGCUGCUCACGGUACGAGCUCCUGGCUCAGCACAAGGCUCACAGAACUUGAGGUUGGAGGGGAGGCUGCUUGUGGACUUUUUGGACAAAGUAGAGUUCAAAGAACGUUGCCGGUGCUGGGUGGAGAAGAGUAAAGUGGUGGCUUUUCAGUCGGAUGAAGAGGCGAAGGAGAUGCUGACGAAGCUUAAAACGAAGAAAAACAAGAGUAAAGGGGGAGUAAGAUUGAAGAACUUAGCCCUCUCAACUGAGUUGCUGGCUAUGUGCGACGCUCUAGAGGAUUUCCCGGAGUUUGUGGAGGGCACGCUGCCGGUGCAGUUCAAUUAUAAAUUUACGCGGCCAACGGCAGAAGUGAGAAAGGAAAUGGGCGAAGAGAUCUGGAUGCGCGGGUUCGCUGAUAACAGGGUAAAUCACGCGUCCACGCACGCGUAUAUUCCAGUGUUCCCUGAUGACAGCAAUUCUGACAGUGGAAAUAUUGCAAAAGCGGCGGAGAAAACAGGGCCAACUACAACAAGAGCUCGUGAUAGGUCGUCUCAUGAUCGAGAAGACAGCGAUUCAUUGCCGGACACUGGAAAAGAUGACGCGCCAAGCACCUCUAUAGAGUCAAAUAACGUUGCAUCGGAGAAUAAUGGAAUCACAGCACAAAACCCGAAAAGCACGCUGAAGAGAACGAGGACUAGUGACGAAGUUGACGAAUUUAACAACACUGAUACACAAAACCCGAAAAACUCCUGGAAGAGGACGAGGCUUCGUAACGACGAUGAAACUUCUGGCAACAAUGAUUGUCAAGAGAACGAGACCAAUGCCAAGGGGCCACUAAAUUCUGACAACACUGAUGCUGGUCAAGCUGGAAAGGCCAAAACACAUCGUAAACGAACUCAAGAGAUCGAGAGCAACACCAAGAAGACACAAGCUGCUAAGGUUGAUGCCAGCAAUUCACUUCAACACAAAGGAAAAGAGAAGAGUCUAAAACCUGGCACCAAAGAGAUCCGUGUUUCGCCGCGAAAGUACGGGAAAACACCCAAAGUGUUGAGAUCUCAAAGAAGAGCCGCAGCUAGUCUGCCGCGGUGCACUCUCCCCCACGCUCGGGUGCUUAUUAAGGAGAAGCCGCGGAAUGAGCACAAGAACGCCCAUCGCCCUUCUCACUCUAGCCACGCUCGCCAUGUCCUGCGUGCCAAGGAAGGUGUUGCAGACAAAAGUUUGGAGACUACUGAUCAGCAAAAGACUAGCGCUGCUGGUAAAAGGAGCACUUCCAGCGAGUCGAAAGCUGAUGAUGGAAAUACAAGUCCAAUGAAGAGUCUCGCUCGAUUGACGAAAGCUACCGUGCUCGCUGAUGAGAAGCUGCAGGACAUGGAAACAGCAUUGGAGGAUAAGCUUACUGAACUCGCGGAAAAGUCUGCUAGGGUUGAAGCGCUGCGGAACAAAUGCGCAGCUUUACAAACGCGAGUGCGAUCUCCAACGGCAGCUCCUGCAGGGUCUGCAAGUCAAACUCAACUGCCCCAAAAGGUUUUACCGCUUGAGACUAGUCUGGCUCGCUCUUCAACAUCGAUUCCUGCCAGCGAAACGCUGAGCAUACGGAAAGAGGCUUCACGGCGUGAGAAGAAGGCUAAUGGUAGACCGAGCGAUACUCGAGUGCCAGCAGUUGCGAGAAGAUCGUCACAGGCUAAGUGCAGCAUCCGAGGAUUGGAGCUAGUACUGGAUGAUAUCAUCUCCAAGGACCUGAACCACAAUCUUAGUGCCGCUACAACCCCCGCUGAACUGGAAUCUAUCAAAGUUGAGCUGCUGAAAUCUCCCGAAGUACAAGCUGCUAUCGCUCGCAUACAGCACCCCAGCUACGCAACGUUUACGCAAGAUUUGUCGGGUGUUACGGGGCUCUCUCCUUGUGAAGCUUCAUCUUUAUCAGGCGAUAAUAACCGCCGCGCAUGGGAGAAAGCCAAGUCUCGCUUCAACAAAUAUGCGUCGGUAACGGGGCCUAUUGAGCGAAGGCCAUCACCACGAUCGCCAAGCCAGCAGCUUGGCCGUUUAUGGGACUAUCAACGCGAAAGUGAGUCUAAUACUGAACGCUUCCAGAGCCCCUCCAGUAUUCUGCUAGACCCUCUGCCAGCAGAUCAAAGCAGCUUCGGCUUCAGUGUGAACGACAACUUCUCGAUGAAUCAGUGGUAUCGAGACUUGUACCCGAAGACCUUUGGCUUUCAACGACCAUGA